AGUGUCACAGGCAAAAUCUUCCCCGGGUGAGAUUAUCAGUUGGCACUAAACCGCCAUUUCGGUGCAGAAUUCGAACCAAAACAGAAAACAACACAACGAAAUUCACUCUGUGAGGUUUUCACUUUCACCGAUUAAACGACGACGUAAGAGCAGAAACCCUCGAUCGGAGCAUUGGCGGUGGUUAGUGUUCGUCGCGGCGGAGCUUGAUGGCGGCGAUCAUAAGGCCUUUGCCGGAGGCUGUAAGAAGCUCAGUGCGUUCCGGCAUUUUCUUGUUCGACUUGACGCGAGUCGUGGAGGAACUGGUUUUCAAUAGUCUCGAUGCUCGUGCUACGAAGGUAUCAGUGUUUGUUAAUGUUGGGAGCUGCUAUUUGAAAGUUGUAGAUGAUGGAGGUGGAAUUACUCGGGAUGGAUUGGAAUUGGUGGGAGAAAGAUAUGCAACGUCAAAAUUUCUUAAUUUGGCUGACCUGAAUGCCAUUAGUGGAAACUUUGGAUUUCGUGGGGAAGCUUUGGCUUCCAUUUCUGAAGUCUCUUUGUUGGAAAUUGUAACAAGAACCUAUGGAAGGCCAAAUGGAUAUCGAAAAGUAUUGAAGGGGUGCAAGUGUUUAUAUCUUGGCCUUGAUGAUGAUAGAAAGGAAGUGGGCACGACAGUUGUUGUUCGUGAAUUAUUUUACAACCAACCGGUUCGGAGGAAAUACAUGCAAUCCAGCCCCAAUAAGGUACUGCAAUCAAUCAAGAAAAGUGCAAUGCGGCUUGCCCUUGUGCACUCAAGUAUUUCCUUCAAUGUUGUUGAUAUUGAAAGAGAAGCUGAGCUCUUUUGCACACAUUCUGCUUCUUCUCCGCUAUCACUUGUAACCAGUGGCUUUGGGUUGGAGGUAACAAGCUCUCUUCAUCAGUUAGAUGUUGAGAAUGAUACCAUAAAGCUUUCUGGAUACGUAUCCAGUCCUUGCAAUACUUUGCAAAUGAAGGCCUUACAGUAUGUCUAUAUCAACUCACAGUUCGUUUGCAAGGGCCCAAUUCAUAAACUUCUGAGUCAACUGGCUAUUAAGUUUGAGAAUCUGAAGUCAUUGAACACUGAUAAUGAAUUCCAAAACAAAAAGAGAAGUAGGUCUCAACCUUGUCCAGCAUAUAUCUUGAAUUUAAGAUGCCCCCGGUCUUUGUAUGAUUUGACCUUUGAGCCAUCCAAAACUUAUGUUAAAUUCAAGGAUUGGGUUCCAAUAUUGAACUUCAUUGAGAAGGUCAUCAGACAAUUCUGGGAGGACAGCAUAGCUGGUGGAGAUUUCUCCAAUCAAGGAACUUACAUGGUACAAGAAGAUCAACUGGGGAAAGUAGAUGCAGCUGUCAAAAUUGUUUCAGCAGAAGCAGAUACAUCAAAAUUUGGAAAACAAAAUCCUAAGGAUUGCCUAGAUCUCUUCUUUUCGGCUUCAAACAAGUUAACUGAAGAUGACUAUCAUGAAUCCAGCAGUGAAGAUGUUAGAACCUCUCUUGAUUACUUACAACGAGGGACUUCAGUGUUCAAAGAGCAACAAAGUAAAGGAGACUUUCUUUGUCAGACUGAUUAUUCCGACAAUUUACUGGAUGAUCCUUAUACCAAAUGCAUGUCCACUAUGUUGAGAAAGCGCGACAGUUUGAUGAGUGAUAACAAUCAUUUAUUGCAAGGAGAUUACUUUUUGGAUGGCACCUUUCCUGCUGCCGAAAGUUUCUAUGACAAUGUACCUUUUGACAAACCGAGUUCUUCACGUGGAAUCAAAUUUAAUGAAGUAGAAGUCAGAAUGGUUAGUGGAUCAUUUGAAGGUAAUUUAGUUAAUGAUUUCCGUAGGUUUGGUUCUGGUGUAGAGAUUGGUGGGGAUUUUCAAAAGCCUUUUCUGAAGAGCUGUACUACGCGAAAAGGCAGUACCCUGCAUGAGAAGGCUCUGCUUGUAAACGACGAACAUGAACUCCAAACUGAUAGCUUUUUUAUCAAGAAAAAUCUGGAGGAGGAUUAUCGCAGUGGUAAGGAUAUGUUCGCUGAUCCCUGUCUAGAAGUUGCAAAAAAAUUAAAGACAUCUAAGGAUACUGAUUUUCCCUUUAGAGCGUGGUCUGAAGAAAAUUGUCUUCCUCCAGUUUCAUGCAAUUCAGGAACACAAAUAAGAAGCUCUGGGUCUGAUGAUCAGUUGUUAAAUUCUGAAUGGUUUCCUGUCUGUCUUGAUCCUUCAUCUCAAGACACUGCAUUGGGUGUUCAUCAUACAACUGAUAUUGAUGAUAUUGGAGUAUCUAGAGACUAUAAAAGGAUCCGUUGUACAAAACUUUUUUAUGACAAAGUAAAUGAAUGCGACUUCAGCUAUAUGUCAAGGAAUGCAAGCCAACAUCACUGUCUAUCAAGUUUUGCUAAUAACGGAUUUAAUUUCGAUGGUGCUGUUGAUCGUGAUGACAUAUUUGACAGAUUGGUUGACUGGACUGACUUUGGUGAUACAUAUUUUACAAAAAGGCCAGAUAUUUUAGAUGAGGAGCAGGAUUGGCUGUUGCAUGAAUCAAGUGUUAGAAACUGCAAUAGGUCUAGCACUGACAAAGGCAAAAGGGAGCAUUUUAGACAUACAUCUUUGGGAAAGAAUCAUGAAAGAUCUAAAAGAAGCUCUUCAGCUCCUCCAUUUCAUAGAAGUAAAAGGAGGUUCAUCUGCUUACAUCAGGCUCCAGAAACAAUUGCCAAAAGAUCUCCUGGCCGAGCAUCCAGCCCUAUUUUCAAUCAUCACGAAGCUAGUGAUCCUCAACAGUCUCCUGGUGCUCUUCACACAAGCACUGAUGAUCUUCUAUUGCAAGAAUUCAAAACUAAUGUGAAACAGAGUUCAGAGGUUCUGGGAGAUUCAAAGGUCAAUGACAUUGCAGAGACUGAUGGGUUUGAGAGUUUCAGCAUUCAAAACAGUGAUCCAUUAAGGGAAUUGAUCUCUGGGGAAGUGCAAGAUUCUGUAGAUUACAGGACCAAAUGGAGGGACUGCUCACCUCAAAUUCCAAAGGAUGAUAAACUGGUCGAUACUCAAAGUCAACACAACAUACUUGACAUCUCUUCUGGAUUCUUGCAUCUUGCUGGAGAUUCAUUGAUUCCUGAAACAAUCAGUAAGAAAUGCCUAGAUGAUGCCAAAGUUCUCCAUCAGGUGGAUAAGAAAUUUAUUCCAAUUGUGGCUGGCAGAACCCUAGCUAUUAUUGAUCAGCAUGCUGCAGAUGAAAGAAUCAGACUGGAAGAAUUGCGUCAAAAGGUAUUAUCUGGAGAAGCAAAAUCAAUAACCUAUCUAGAUGCUGAACAGGAACUGGUGCUGCCAGAGAUUGGUUAUCAACUACUUCAUAAUUACAGUGAACAGAUUAAAGAUUGGGGCUGGAUCUGCAACAUCCAUGGUCAACAUUCUGAAUCCUUUAGAAGGAAUUUGGAUAUUCUCAACAGACACCAAAUGGCCUUCACGCUUAUUGCGGUACCGUGUAUUUUAGGUGCCAAUUUAAAUGAUGUUGAUCUUUUAGAAUAUCUUCAGCAGCUUGCUGACACUGAUGGAUCAUCAACAAUGCCACCCUCCGUUAUACGAGUCCUAAAUUCAAAAGCAUGCCGUGGUGCAAUUAUGUUUGGGGAUUCAUUGCUACCGUCAGAAUGUUCCCUUAUAGUUGAAGAGUUGAGGCUUACGUCACUUUGUUUCCAAUGUGCUCAUGGGCGACCAACAACUGUUCCUCUGGUCAACUUGGAGGCACUACAUAAUCAGAUACCCAAGCUUGGACGGAUGAAUGAUUACUCAAGUGACAAGUGGCAUGGAUUACAAAGAUGCGAAAUAAGUUUAGAACGUGCCGCGCGACGUUUAUCUUGUGAUUAGAGGAAGUUGAGCCUUUGGAAAAAAUUGAAGCUGUUAGUAUUACAUAGUUAGGAAAUUAGUAUGACAGAAUUCAUGCUUCACUGUGAAUCAUUCUUUGUAAUUGAGUGUACAGCCCAACAUAGUGGAAGUAAAAAAUGAGAGCCGUGCCACAGUUGCUUGUACAUAGUUACUAAUUGUAACGCAAUAUGACAGUUUUACAAUAAUGACAAGGAUCGAAUGAAAUAAUUUCGUUUACAAAA